AAUUGUUGUUAUUAUGCCUGUUUCCGUAGUUAAUGUAUUGUUCAAUUGAGAAACGACUCAUAAAUUAUGGCAGAUGCUAAAUUUUUUUAAUAAAAAGGCGAAGUUUUAUUUCGUGAACAGUCAAAGUAUAAUUUUUUAUUGAAAUUUAGAUUUUAAUCGAAAAGUAGAAAAUAUGCAGAAAAAGCUCAACAUUUGUAUGGUGUCUGAUUUCUUCUAUCCCAAUACUGGUGGGGUAGAGAGUCAUAUUUACCAACUUGCUCAGUGUCUUAUUAAAAAAGGUCACAAAGUCAUUGUAAUUACUCAUGCUUAUGGAAAUCGUAAAGGAAUUAGAUAUUUAACCAAUGGAUUAAAAGUAUAUUAUAUGCCUGUAUGGGUGGUGUACAAUCAGUGCACACUUCCGACAUUAUUUACCACCUUCCCUGUCAUCCGUUUUAUCCUUGUUAGGGAAAAAAUUUCUAUUGUACAUGGACAUUCAGCAUUUUCUGCAUUAGCACAUGAAGCAAUGCUUCACGCUAAGACAAUGGGACUGGAAGCAGUUUUUACAGAUCAUUCCCUAUUUGGGUUUGCAGAUGCCAGUGCCAUAAUCACAAAUAAACUUCUCCAAAUGACUUUGAGUGUCUGUAAUCAUGUGAUAUGUGUGUCUCAUACUGGGUAUGCUAUA